AUGACUGGCAGUGUGAAGCCAAGUAAUGUGAAGCCUGGAAAUGUAGAUCCUCGUAAUACGAAGCCUGGCAACGUAAAGCCUCGCAAUGUGAAGCCUGGCAACGUAAAGCCUCGUAAUGUGAAGCCUGGAAAUGUAGAUCCUCGUAAUGUGAAGCCUGGCAACGUAAAGCCUCGCAUUGUGAAGCCUGGCAACGUAAAGCCUCGUAAUGUGAAGCCUGGAAAUGUAGAUCCUCGUAAUGUGAAGCCUGGCAAUGUAAAGCCUCGUAAUGUGAAGACUGGCAAUGUAGAUCCUCGUAAUGUGAAGCCUGGAAAUGUAGAUCCUCGUAAUGUGAAGCCUGGCAAUGUGAAGCCUCGUAGUGUGAAACCUGGCAAUGUAGAUCCUCGUAAUGUAAAGCCUGGCAAUGUAGAUCCUCGUAAUGUGAAGCCUGGCAACGUAAAGCCUCGCAAUGUGAAGCCUGGCAACGUAAAGCCUCGUAAUGUGAAACCUGGCAAUGUAGAUCCUCGUAAUGUGAAGCCUGGCAAUGUAGAUCCUCGUAAUGUAAAGCCUGGCAAUGUAGAUCCUCGCAAUGUGAAGCCUGGCAACGUAAAGCCUCGUAAUGUGAAGCCUGGCAAUGUAGAUCCUCGUAAUGUGAAGCCUGGCAAUGUAGAUCCUCGUAAUGUGAAGCCUGGAAAUGUAGAUCCUCGUAAUGUGCAGCCUGGUAGUGUGAGUUUAUUUUUCUGCAAGUAA